GGCAACCAACGCAAAAAGGAAAAUCAAUUAAAUAACUUAGAACAGCUUUCAAACAAGGGGUGUGUGAGCAGUAAAGGCGAAAAAUAAGUAUUAAGGAAUACAAAAGAUUUAAGAAAAACUUUUUUUUAGAAAAGUAUAUAAAAGAAAAAUAACUUUGAUAAUAAAGUUGCAAUAAAGUAAAUGAUACGAAAUUUUGUGGAAAAAUAAAAAUUAUAUAAAAAUAAACUAACUUAGUGCAAAUUAUUUUCUACAACUGCUACAAAAAGUUCCAAAUUCUUUAUUAAAACCCUAUUUGCUAUGGGCAUUAACGAAACACCUCAAAUGGCAGUUUCCGUAUGCAAUAAUAGUUCCAAACUAACAUUGGCUUUAUUUAGUGAGAUUUUUCAAUGUAUUGAACCUGAAGUACAAAUCGAUUCAUUUAAAGAAGAACAAGGAUCCGGUCGUGGUGAUAAUUAUACAGCCACCUUAUAUCGUAUACAUUUGACCGGACAACGAAAAUGUUUGGACGAUGGUAAAAAACAAAAAUGGGAAAAGAAUUUAAUCUGUAAACGUUUACCCGAAAAUGUACAAUUAAGAGAAGCCUAUAAAAGUGAUAAACUAUUUAGAAACGAAGUAGAAUUUUAUACCGCCAUUAUGCCAGAAUUAUUAAAAUUUCAAGCCACCAAAACUGAUGAAGUAUUUAAAGCAAUACCCAAAUGUUUUUAUGCACGACCUGAUCUUUUAAUAAUGGAGGAUCUACGAAUUCGAGGUUUUGAAAUGCCCGAUCGUAAACAAGGUUUAACGGUGGAUGAAACGCAUAUGGUAUUGAAACAAGUAGCACAAUUUCAUGCUUUAAGUUUAUCCUAUAAAUUUGAAAAUCCUAAAGAAAUGGAAAAAUUAAGAAAAACUACUGAGGAGGCUUUAUUUAGCAAUGAUAAUGCUAAUUGGUAUAAAAAUUACUAUGAGACCCUAACAAAGAAUGCCAUUAAAAUGGUUUCUGAUGUCUUGCCCGAAGAUUCCAAAUAUUUGCAACUUUUUAAAGAAUUUGCCGAAACUUCUACAUUUUUCUCACGUAUGGUACGUUUAGUUAGUGAAGAGUCGAAUUUGACGGCCUUUUGUCAUGGUGACUGUUGGGCAAAUAACUUUUUAUAUCGUUAUGAAAAGAUGCCCAAUGGCGAGAAGAAAGUUUUGGAGGUCUGUUUAGUGGAUUUCCAAUUGAUACGUUAUAGUUCCAUAGCCUUAGAUGUGGCAAACUUAUUAUUCUGUUGUACUAGUAAAUCUAUGCGAGAUGUACAUUUGGAAGAUUUUAUUAAACUCUAUACAAGGGAAUUAUUUAAAUGGUUGGUAACAUUAUGUAAACGUAUACCAGAUUUUUGCAAUAACGCCGAAAAGUUAGAACAAACUUUUCGACAAGAACUAAAAACCUAUGGACGUUUUGCUUUGGGUUUAUCCUUAGAUAUUAUACCCAUUAGUACAUGUUCUUCGGAGGAUGCACCCGAUAUGUAUGAUCAUCAUUAUGAUGAUGAUGAUGAUACUACAUUAAAAUGUGAAUAUGGUGCUCCUGAAUUGAAUUUUCCGCCCAACGAUUUGUGUCGCCAAAAAAUGUCCGAAAUUCUUAUAGAUAUGGUUGAUAAUGGUAUGCUCUAAACUAAAUAUUAAGAAAUUGUAUUGUGCUCUCACUCUCUCUGUUUUUAUAAAUGUUAAAAUUAAAUGGGGAAAAAAUGGAAUUUGUAAGAGAUAAAACAAGUAUUUGAAAUUUCUUAAAAAAACUUAUAAAUCCUUAGACAAAAAUAGUAUUAAAUUAGCAAAAAUCGUUAAAGAUUAUUCAUAACAAUUUAUCAAAGGUUUAUUGAACAAAUUUUGUAUGAAAAAUUGUUUUGUAAAACUGUGAUAAAUUGUUAUAAAUAAAACCCUUAAACAAAAAUAAAUAAAAUUGUAUUUACUAAGUAUUAUUAAAAAACAAACUAUUUAAACUAAAAUUUAAGAUUUUUCUUAUUGUUUAAAAAAGAAAUUUAACAAAAUAGAUUAUUCGUUGAUAACUCUUGGAUCUAAACAUGGUUUUAUAUAAGAGCAAAUACAUUUUCUUAAUAUAUAUCCUAACGAUAUGGUAAGUGUCCUAAGAAAUAAAAGCUAAUAAUAUCUAAUUUGAAUUAAACAAAACUAAAACAGUUGCUCAAAAUAACACGUGGAGGCCAAAAAUUUAACUUUAAAAUAUAAAAAAUAUUCGUAAACGGUAAAUGUACAUAAUUAAGGUUAAUAUAUUUCUCUUGAAACUUUUCCAACUAUUAAUCGAAUCGGGUCAUAAGAAAAACAAUAAAUUUUAUUUAUAUGCAAGAUCUUAACAAACACAGCUUCCUCAAAUAGGAAACAAUAAAUUUCAUUAAUAUUUUUAGUACCAUUUAUACAGUGAAUCAAUCAAGUAAUUUGGUAUGUAAAAUUUUCUGGAAUUCUAAAAAUGCAAAAUAAUUUAUUGUCCUGCAAAUUCUGAUGAAAAGUAAUAAAAUGCAACAACAAAUGUACCAACAUUUUUAUAUAAAUCCUGUCUGUUUUGUAAACCGAAUCCGAGUAAAUUUCUCGUUUAAAAACGAAUUCUUAUAUUUUUUUUUUCGUUUUCAAACCAAGUACACCAAUCUAGUGGAAAGUAGUUAGUUAAUUUGAAAGGAGGAUGUACAUAUAUACAUCAAAUCCGAAGAAAUACACCUAGACCUCUAUCGGGCCUGUUGUGUGCUCCUUAGCCAGUCGAUUUACAGAACAGACAUGAAUAUUUUUCACGGUUUUUCCAUUUUUAAUUAGAAAACAUAAAUUUAGUUUUUAUCUGUCUAAUCGAAGUUUAUUUAUGAACAAAAAACUAAAUUCUCUUAAAAAAAAGAGAGGCAAAAAACUUAGUUGAUUCACUGUAUGUUUAAAUUUUUAAAUUAAGAUUUUUUUCUU